CGAUUGUGAAAGAUGCAGAUAGUAAUUAAGCCUAAACCAAAUAGAUUAUGAAAGGCUGGUCAAUCAACAUCUUUAUAAUAAAAUACGCAAUGUUAUUUGCGAUUAUUGGGCUCACGCAGUUGCGACUUUUCUGGUUCUUAUAUACGGGAUGGCGUUACAAAUCGUUUUAUCUCCUACGUAUGCACUUCAUCUUAUCACUGUUUUGCAUCACCGCUAUAUUCACACUAUGUAUUAUUAUCGGAUUCCUGGACAUAUACGUUAUUGGACCAUUUCAAUACACACAUUUAAGAAAUCACUUCCAGUCUCACGUUUUGGUAGCGCUGUGUUCGUUAGUGCCAUUUAUCAUCGGUUUCAAUGCAAGUUGGCGAUUUUAUUGGGAAUUGAAGAAUGAAUUGCGUAAAUCGGAUCCGGAAUAUCUGCUCGCUGAUGAGUCGUAAAUUAACGAAAGUACUGAGAGAAAAUUAUCAAGAGAAAACUAUGACCCUUUGCAAUUGAAAUGGC